UGUCCUUGCUGCUCCGUAGCGUUCCCUGAGGAGGCCUUUCUCAAUCUCUAUCUCUUGUACGCAAAGCUCCAUUUCUAUUCCUUACACCUCCUCUCGGAACUCCUGUCUCUCUCCCCCACAGCGUCCAUGGCUUCCGAGAAUUUCAGCGACAAGAAUGCUGUUUUCCGGAAGCUUCGUGCGAAAACCGAGAGCAAAAUGUGUUUUGAUUGCAAUGCGAAGAACCCAACCUGGGCGUCUGUGACUUAUGGGAUCUUCCUGUGUAUCGAUUGCUCGGCCGUACAUCGGAGCCUCGGCGUUCACGUCAGCUUUGUUAGGUCAACAAAUUUAGAUUCAUGGAGUCCCGAGCAAUUGAAAAUGAUGUACUUUGGUGGAAAUAACCGUGCUCAAGUUUUUUUCAAGCAGCAUGGAUGGUCCGAUGGAGGCAAGAUUGAGGCCAAGUAUACCUCUAGGGCUGCCGAAUUGUAUAAGCAACUGCUCUCGAAGGAAGUUGCUAAAAGCAUGGCUGAUGAUGCAUUGCCAUCAUCACCUGUUGCUCCUGAGACUGUAUCCCCUACUAAUGGGUUUUCUGAUUCUAAGAUUAAUGAAGGACCUAAAGCAAGUUCUUUGGUUAAGGAUGAAACUCCUGAGAUUCUUGCUGUACCUAAAGUUUCUCAUUCAGUUGCCACAUCUAUUAAGAAGCCUAUAGUUGCAAAGAAAACUGGAAAGACAGGUGGUCUUGGUGCUCGAAAGCUUACUGCGAAGACAAGUGAAAGUCUCUAUGACCAAAAACCAGAAGAACCACCAGUUCAGGUGUCCUCUGUCUCUGCAAGUGACAGCACUGCAGCUGGUUCAUCAUUAACUUCCCGAUUUGAGUACACAGAAAAUGUGCAACCUGCAGAGACAAAUUCUGGAGGUCCUCGUGUUCUUAACCACAUUGCCCCUCCGAAGUCAUCCAAUUUUUUUGCGGAGUAUGGGAUGGACAGUGGUUUCACAAAGAAGGCGAGCUCAAACUCAUCAAAAGCACAAAUUGAGGAAACUGAUGAAGCAAGGAAGAAGUUUUCUAAUGCAAAAUCCAUUUCAUCAGCCCAAUAUUUUGGGGAUAAAAACAAGGCUGACGCAGAAGCUUCAGUUUCCCUGCAGAAGUUCUCGGAUUCGAGAGCAAUCUCCAGUGUUGACCUCUUUGGUCAUGACGAUGAUAGAUUACCCAUUGACCUCACUGCAAGUGACCUCAUAAAUCGGCUCUCUUUCCAGGCACAACAAGAUAUCUCCUCCCUUAAGAAUAUUGCUGGAGAAACUGGGAAGAAGAUUAGCUCCAUGGCUACCAACUUGAUGUCAGAUCUCCAGGAUAGAAUUCUCUGAUUGCUUGCUUAAAUGCAUUUGUAGAAAAACUGGAAAGAUUAUCACAAUACUUGCCGACAUUCUGUGUAGAUGUAAAAAGAGUCUUUGGAAUUCUUUCUUAAAAGAAAAAUAAGAUUUUGGAACUUGUAGUCUUU